GAUCACAAAAGCUUGAUUCCACUAAUCCAUGUAUUGGGAUCCAUGUAGUUAUUUACUUAUUUAUUAUAUUUUUCGGGUCUCACUUAACGCGUGUUUGAAAUUGUUUCUCAUUCCUUUUUCAUCCACGUAUCUCUCCACACCUUCAUUACUCGCAGGAACUCCUAAUCUACUCAAUGACUUCUGCUUAUGAAAUCCUUGCAUCGUCAAAGCAUGAUAUGCUUGAUGAUCUCGAUCCUUCAAAAUCAAUUUCAUCCGCAAUUGUUGUGAAGGUCGAUAGGGUUUACCCUAAGUCUGAUAUAAACCUAUUUGAUAGGAUUUGUGGAUGGCCCAAGAAAGUUGCCUCACUGGACUUUAUUGUUUUUGAUAGUAAGCUAUCCAGAAUGACAAUAUCUCUCAUUGGUGAUGAUAUAAUUGACCGCUUCUCCAAUCGUUUAGAAGAAAAGAGCACUUAUUUUAUACACCGUUUUAACGUUGCUGUGGGUGGUUUUGAUAUUCACUCAAGGUUUCAUAUUGAGUUCUUUCCGGAUACAUGCAUUCAUGUAUUUCCUUGUCCUAUGGUUGACUAUGUUUUCAAGAUAAGACCGGUGGAAGAAAUAAGACGUGAAUGGUGGCCAGUAAAUCGUGUUCGCGAUGUGUGUGGUUUCCUCCGAGCUGUGGGUGGGCUUUUAUGGGACAGAUAUCAUGGUCUUCUUACAUGGAAGUUUUCGUUUAUUGUAGAAGACAUCCAUGGUAAAAUGAUUUCAUGUCUGCUCUACGGCGAUGUUGCAAAGGAUGCAUGGAAAGACUUUGUCAUGCAUAAGGGAAAAGUGAACCUGAUUGUAGCUGUCCAGUAUGGUUUGGUUAGAAGUGAUCAAGGUUAUUGUUUCUUGACUAACUUCAGUUCUGCUACAAUGAUUUUCUGGGAUCCAAAAUUCAAAGAGCUUGCUGAUAUACGCAAUGCAUUGCUUCAGAGGAGGAUGUCUGAGUCUGGUGUUUAGGAUGUAUUGCUUAUGCAUUCUAAUAUGUUCUAAAUUUGUUAACCUAUAUGUUAAAGUAUUGUAGCUUGCAAUUUACUGUUUCAAUUUUAUGUAUUUCUUUAUAGAAAAUGCAUAGUCCAAUUGUGUAGUGAGUAUUGGUGCCUUAAAUUGGC